UAUCACAAUUCUACAGUGAACACCUGACGAAUAAACUUUCUCCGGUUCAUGGUGCGACAGCUGAUUGCGUUGCCAAGCCGCGGAGUCGCCUUGGAGGUGGAAAUCUACACAUGCACGCCUUCAGGUUUCCGCGAAGCUGGGAAGGCUCGGGACGCUGGGGAUGGUGCUCCCAGCGGCUCCUUGUUGGUUGUGUUACAUCCAUGGGCCUGGCUAGGGGGCUGCAUGGACGACCACGUUGUUGGGGCAUUAUGCAGGGCUGCGGUGGCCAGCGGAGCCUUCACUCGGGUGGUCCGAUACAACAUGCGGGGGGCAGGUGGUUCCGGAGGCUCCCGGUCGUUGUCUCCGGCGGUUGACUCAGCAGAUCUGGUGGCGCUUGUACGACACUUGCUGGGGUCAACCACCAUGCCAACCACCACCACCCCAGCGCCCGCAGCAUCACCAUCCGCAGGCCUAACGGCGACAAGGGCAGCAGCAGCCACCCCCGCGCUAGGAGGGCAAGGAGGACACCAGCACCUCGCAGCACAUGCACCGCAUCAGCAAGAAGGCCAACACCCUCAGCCCCAGCCCCAGCAGCGGCCCCCGCAGCACCCGCCUGCUCCCCCCUGCCGGCUGGCGCUGGCGGCUUACAGCUACGGCUGUGUGGUGGCUGCGGGGGCGUUGGGGCAGCUGCGGCCGCAGCCAGUGGGGGCGCUGGCGGCGCUGGCAUUUCCGCUGGGCCCCCUCUCCCGUACCUUCCUGCGGUCCGGCGCCCCAUGGGAGGCCCUCCUGGCAGCCGCAUGCAUCAGCAAUAGUGGCAGCGGCGGCAGCGGGGAGGGUGUCCGCCCGCCUCCAUCUCCGCCUGCUGCCGCUCUACCAGUGCUGCUCUGCUGCGGUGAUCAAGACCAAUUCACAGACGUACGGAACGUCCAGAAUGCCGUGCAACGCGCACUUGCACGCGCAGCAGCGGCGGCAGCAGCAGCACCUGCUGCAACAGCCAGAGGUGCUGCUGCUGCAGCUGCUCCCGUAGAGACUCCCACUGCGGUUACGGCCGCUGCUGCAGACCUUAUGACUGCUACCGGUACUGCUAUUGCGACUAUGACAGCGGCGGUGGCAGCCUCUUCCUCCUCCUCUGCCUCCUCCCCGCAAGCAGCACCUCCGCUGCUGCAGCUGCUGGUAUGUCCGGGCUGCGACCACUUCUUCGCUGCAUGCAGCCAGCCAGGAGCGCUGACAGCGACCCUUGGAGCAGCAGCGGCCGCCCUCAGAAGCAGGGGAGGUGCAGCGGACAGCAGUCAGGGGGGUGGUGCCGGGAGCAUCGGCAGGAGCGAGCACCACCACCACCACACGCCUGCAGAGGCUCUGGCAGCUUUCGUGGUGCGCUGGCUAGCUGCCCACAUGGAGGGAGACAGACCGUAGCAACAACAGUAACAGCCAAGAAGCAUGCAGCAUGGCCCGGCAGGAUGUUGAUGUCAGCAUGAGGCGCGCAUGCAGGCAGGGCUGCUGGCCGCUGGCUUGCGCAUGGGAUGCGUAAUGGGGAAAGA